CAGUUCCUAAAUAUAAUGUUGAAAGUUUCUCUUCAGCAACGGGUAGCAGAAUUGGAAAAAAUUAAUGCAGAAUUUUUACGUGCACAGCAGCAGCUUGAGCAAGAAUUUAAUCAAAAGAGAGCAAAAUUUAAAGAGUUAUAUUUGGCUAAAGAGGAGGACCUGAAGCGGCAGAAUGCGGUGUUGCAGGCGGCGCAGGACGACCUGGGGCAGCUGCGGACGCAGCUGUGGGAAGCCCAGGCAGAGGUGGAGAACAUCAAGGCCAUCGCCACGGUCUCUGAGAACACCAAGCAGGAAGCAAUCGACGAAGUGAAAAGACAGUGGAGAGAAGAGGUUGCCUCGCUUCAGGCUGUGAUGAAAGGUAAAGACCGAGAGCGUCCCGUCUGGGCCGUGAUUGCUCAAGAGGAUGCUGAAAAGCUUCGGUCUGUUGUGAUGCCCAUGGAGAAGGAAAUCGCGGCUCUGAAAGACAAACUGACAGAGGCUGAAGACAAGGUUAAAGAGCUGGAGGCCUCAAAGGUUAAGGAACUGAAUCAUUAUCUGGAAGCUGAGAAAUCUUGCAGGACUGACCUGGAGAUGUACGUAGCUGUUCUGAAUACUCAGAAAUCCGUUUUACAGGAAGAUGCCGAGAAACUGCGGAAGGAAUUGCAUGAAGUGUGCCAUCUCUUGGAGCAAGAGCGACAACAGCACAAUCAGCUGAAGCACACGUGGCAGAAGGCCAAUGACCAGUUUCUGGAGUCUCAGCGUUUGCUCAUGCGGGACAUGCAGCGCAUGGAGAUCGUGCUCACGUCGGAACAGCUGCGGCAGGUGGAAGAGCUGAAGAAGAGAGAUCAGGAGGAAGACGAACAACAGAGAUUUCACAAGAGGAAGGACCACGACAGAACAGAGGUUGAGGAGGAGGCAAAAGCCGCGUCUGUGUGUGCUUUCACGCACGAGGAGUCUCCGGCCCAGCUGUCGAAUGAAGAGGAGCAUUUAGAUAGCACCCACGGGUCGGUGCACUCGCUGGAUGCGGACUUACUGUUGCCGUCUGGAGACCCGUUCGGUAAAUCGGAAACAGACGUGUUUAAAGACGGACUCAGGAGAGCACAGUCUACCGACAGCUUGGGAACCUCAGGCUCCCUGCAGUCCAAAGCUUUAGGCUAUAACUACAAAGCAAAAUCUGCCGGAAACCUGGACGAAUCGGAUUUUGGACCGUUGGUCGGGGCAGAUUCGGUGUCUGAGAACUUUGAUACUGCUUCCCUUGGGUCCCUGCAAAUGCCAAGCGGGUUCAUGCUCACCAAAGAUCAGGAGAGGGCGAUCAAGGCCAUGACACCCGAGCAAGAGGAGACCGCGUCUCUCCUCUCCAGUGUCACCCAGGGCGUGGAGAGUGCUUACGUGUCCCCCAGUGGUUACCGCCUGGUCAGCGAGACCGAAUGGAACCUCCUGCAGAAAGAGGUACAUAACGCGGGAAAUAAACUUGGUAGACGUUGCGAUAUGUGCUCCAAUUAUGAGAAACAGUUACAAGGGAUUCAGAUUCAGGAGGCUGAGACCAGAGACCAGGUGAAGAAACUGCAGGUGAUGCUGAGGCAGGCGAAUGAGCAGCUGGAGGGGACGGCGAGGGAACGGCAGGAGCUGGAGGGCGCUCUGAGUCGCAGCGCCCAGGACGCCGGCCACCAGAUCUCUGCACUCGUCCUAAGAGCCCAGGCGUCUGAGAUCUUACUUGAAGAGUUACAGCAGGGGUUUUCCCAGGCAAAAAGGGAUGUUCAGGAGCAGAUGGCGGUGCUGAUGCAGUCUCGGGAGCAGGUCUCAGAGGAGCUGGCGAGGUUACGGAAAGACAACGACAGUCUGCAGGGAAAGCAUAGCUUGCACGUGGCCCUGCAGCAAGCAGAAGACUUCAUUCUCCCAGACACUGUGGAGGCGCUGCGGGAGCUGGUCCUCAAAUACCGAGAGAGCAUCGUGCACGUGCGGACCGCAGCCGAGCACACGGAGGAGAAGCUGAAGGCUGAGAUCCUGUUCCUGAAAGAGCAGAUUCAGGCGGAGCAGUGCUUAAAAGAGAACCUGGAGGAGACCCUGCAGCUGGAGAUAGAAAACUGCAAGGAGGAGCUAGCUUCCAUUUCUAGCCUAAAAGCUGAACUAGAGAGAAUAAAAGUAGAAAAGGGACAGCUGGAGGCCACCCUGGGAGAGAAGUCUCAGCAGCUUGAGGGCCUCCAGGAGAUGAAAACCACUUUGGAGGAACAGUUAAAGAGAGAGGCUGCUGCUAAGGCGACUGUGGAGCAGCUGAUGUUCGAAGAGAAGAACAAAGCUCAGAGGCUGCAGACGGAGCUCGACGUCAGUGAGCAAGUCCAGAGAGACUUCGUAAAGCUUUCUCAGACCCUUCAGGUGCAGCUGGAGCGGAUCCGGCAGGCGGGCUCCCUGGAGCGGAUCCGGGCGAUCCUCAACGACACCAAGCUGACGGACAUCAACCAGCUCCCCGAGACAUGACACCCGAGCGGGACGCCGGCCUGCACCCUGGGUUUUUAACUCCUCUUAGAGCAACAUUAAUUAUUAUUUAACUCUUAACCGAAGAAGUCACAAGAAAGGGAGCCCGGAGCGAUGCUUGCUUCUGGUGGGAGAGGACGCUGCGGCGCGGGAGACGUGCGCGCAAGGACUUUCCCGUGGGGACAGACGGACACACUGGACUCUGGGGGGGUGGGGUCCGCUCGGUGACGGAGGAAGUGCUGCUUUAUCCAACGUUUUCCUGCCUUUAAAGCAACAUCCCAAUCGUGUUUGGAAUUACAUUUUCUGUUCCUAGAUAUUGGAGGAGAGCCUUUCCUGUUUGUUGUCUCGAGUUCAGCAGUAACCGUAUUCCACUAGCAGACAGAGGUGUAGUGUGCUGUACGAGUAUUUUAUAUUAAAAUAUGAAGUUCGCGAGCAGGCCACCGGCUAGGGAGUGUAUCGCUCAGCUCAGUGCAUUUUCUUUCUUUUUUACCAUUUUGUCUUGCGUUGGAGGACCUUCAAUGCGACCGAGACUUGCCUGAGACCCACAGGACGGGGCGACACCACCGAUGUGGGCGCUGAAUCAGUUGUGAGACUGAAAGCGUGGCGGGGCGCCCUGCAUUGGAAGCCGAGGUUCGAGGAAAAGCACAAGAGACCGCGGAAGCACUUUUCUGCCCCCCUCCCCGGACGCGCUCUGCAGGCCCACAGGUACCAGGGUUAAGCUGAACGGGCACGUCUGCUCUUUUGAAAACUGUUUUAGUUUAGUUACUGGAUCAGUGGAGAAAACAAUAUUAAUAAAACAAGCUAUGUCUGACAUCUAG